AUGGCGCGUCCUAUGGGCCCGGUUCGCCUCAAGAAGACGAACCCAGUGACUCUCGCCAUUGGUGCGGUCCUGUGCAUCUUCAUUCUCUACUUCCUCAUGACCCCCUCAGCUGCUACUGGCGGCAGCAUCUCCUCUGCCCAUGUCAAGAAGCCCAUCGUCGCCUCUCAUCCAUUGUCUCCGCCUACGUCUCCCUUUCGAAAACCCAAGGCCAACAAAAAUGGCAGAACCGCACCGCCGCCCGUUACGCAUUACAACCUUAACAAUGUCACGAUUUCUCCAAACCCGAUCGAGAACAACGAGAAUGUCCUGAUCCUCACCCCGAUGGCCAGGUUCUACCAGGAGUACUGGGACAACCUGAUGAGGCUUACCUAUCCACACCAGCUCAUCACGCUAGGCUUCAUCCUGCCCAAAAAUAAGGAAGGGAACGAGGCGACAUCCCUCCUCCAGGCGCAAAUAUCCAAGACCCAGAAGUCGGCAGCCGAGAAGGACCGCUUCAAGAGCAUCAUCAUCCUGCGGCAGGAUUUCGACCCGCCAUUGGCAUCGCAAGAUGAGAGUGAGAGGCAUAAGAUGCAGAACCAGAAGCCACGGCGCGCAGCCAUGUCCAAAGCCCGCAACUCGCUUCUGUUCACUACGCUGGGUCCGUCGGUAUCAUGGGUCCUCUGGUUGGAUGCCGACAUCGUCGAGACGCCACCUAACCUUAUACAAGAUCUCGCGAUGCACGACAAGCCGAUUGUGGUCCCGAACUGCUUCCAAAAGUACUACGACGACAACAAGCACGCCAUGGCCGAGAGGCCUUACGACUUCAAUAACUGGGUAGACAGUCCCACCGCAGAAGAGCUUGCGUCCAAGAUGAAGAAGGACGACAUCCUGUUGGAGGGUUACGCGGACAUGGCGACAUUUCGGGCGCUCAUGGCUUACAUGUACGAUGACCGCGCAGACAAGCACACCGAGGUCGAGCUGGACGGAAUUGGCGGUACGGCAGUCCUGGUCAAGGCGGAUGUGCAUCGAGACGGGGCCAUGUUCCCUCCCUUUGCUUUCUACCAUCUGAUCGAGACGGAGGGUUUUGCGAAGAUGGCAAAACGACUUGGCUGGGCUUCGACUGGCUUGCCGAAUUAUCUUGUCUACCACUACAAUGAAUGAUAUCUGUCCAAUUACCCUUUGAACUACAUCUGCUUCAAGAUCACCAAUGGCCAGUCAAACUAUCAUCAACCAUUUGGAGUGAGUCUACCUCCAAGAGACAUUCCCGUCACUUUCGGGAAGGACUUGAGCGCCCCAGGAAAACAAAAAGCUCGGGCGAAAGGCACCUACGCCCGGAUAACAUAGCGGUGGUGCGAUUCUGGUAGCAAAACAUGUUUUUAUAUCUUUACCUUGUUCCCUCAUGCCUUCUUAGAAGGGCGCAGGCUUGGGAAUGACAACGGACCAAGGAGGCGGCGGUGGCAGCAGGGGAGUUGGGACCCGCAGGCAAAAACAAAAAGGGCAUGCAUAGAUGAGACGUCGUUGGUAAACGGGGAACAUCGUCUGGUAACGGAACAAGGAGGGCCUGCUCCUUGGUAUGUACAACAUACGAGGUGUACAGCAGCUGCCCGAGGGGGGGCGUUUGUUUGGCUUUGGGAUACACCUCAGGACGACAGGCGCAAAUAGCAUUAGAAAGCCUUUCUCGGUAUCUUGAUCAUGACAUCGUUAUAUUCCAUUGGCU